AUGAAAAUAUACCAUUCAAUUAUGAAUUAUUCAAAAAUUUUUUCUCAUGGGAAAUUAUUCAAACAAAAUUCAAAUUUUAAAAUCAAAAAUCAAAUGUCUAAAAUUAGUUCGAUCGACCAUGAAAGAACGACGUCAGGAGAUUUUUUCGUUUCAAAAUUACUAGACAGUUUUAAAGUACCGUACAAAAAUCAAUUUACUUGCUUAUUGGUGAGAUGUGGUUUUUGUAAUAACACAUCUUUAUACAUUAAUAAAAUUACUGGUUGGUUUAUUUGUUCACAUUGUUUGAGAUAUGGUGAUUGGUCAAUAUUUAAGUCCCAUGUAAAUAAGAAUAAUGAAAGAAUUUGUGUACCCACUCCUAAGGUUUUUGAAGCUGGUAAAGAUUUUAAGAAUAAGGCUGAUAAUUUAAUGCAUUUCAAAUCAUUAAAAACUAGUAGUAAAAAGAGUAUUUUAAAAUCUCUUAAUAUGGAGGAAUUAAAAAUACAAGACCUUGAUCGUAUUCCAGGUUUAUACGUUAAUUCAGAAAAUAGUUCCUUGUACUUGACUAUGAUGCUUAAUAAUAAAACAGUUGUUGGAUACAAAGAAAUUAAAUUGGAAAAUAGUCUUAAUCAAAAAACUGUACCAGAUGAUUGUUGCUGGGGAAUUGCUCAAGUUCCUCCAUUGACUUCAAAUCAUAGUCAAAGUGCAAUUAUUGUUGAUGACUUUAAACAUUUAUUAGUAUUAGUCGGCCAUCAAUCGUCUCAUCAUAUCAUUUGCUUACCUCAUGGUGUGCGGAAAUUACCACAAGAAUUACUGCCAUCAUUGGAGUAUUUCAACAGAUUAAUCUUAUGGUUUGGAAAUGAUCAAAUUGCAUGGAACUCGGCAAGAACGUUCGCUAAGAAAUUAAUAGAAAAUAGAUGUUAUUUUAUAAGACCUACUGAUGAUCAACCAUCCCCUUAUUUAGCAUUUAAACUUGGUUUAAAUAUUGACAAAAUACUUAAAACUGCUGAUAAAAUGGUUCAUCCUAGUAUUAUUCAAUUCUCAACAAUACGUAAUGAAGUUUAUGCAGAGUUACAAAAUCAUGAUAAGACCCUUGGAAUGAAAUGGACAAAAUUUCCGGCAUUAAAUAAAAUUAUUGGAGGCCAUCGUCGUGGAGAACUUACUUUAUUAACUGGACCAACGGGAUCAGGAAAAACAACUUUUAUAAGUGAAUAUUCGUUAGAUUUAGCUGAACAAGGUUUGCCAACAUUAUGGGGAAGUUUUGAAAUACGUAAUCAACGUUUAGCAAAAAUCAUGCUUCAACAAUUUGCUAAGGAACCUGUGCAUCUUAAUUUAGACUUAUUUGACAACUUAGCAGAUCAAUUUGAAAAGCUUCCACUGUACUUUUUGACUUUUCAUGGCCCCCAACCACUAAACAUGGUGAUGGACGCUGUUGUCAAUGCUGUUUAUGUUUAUGAUAUUGGUCAUGUAAUCAUUGAUAAUGUACAGUUUAUGAUGGGCAUUGGUGCCAAGUAUGAUAUGGGUUCAGAACGAUUUUGGCAACAAGAUUCAAUUAUAGCAGAGUUUAGGAGGUUUGCUACAUAUUCAAACUGUCAUGUGACAUUAGUAAUGCAUCCUAGGAAAGAAAAAGAUGUUGAACAGCUGUCCAUCAAUUCUAUUUUUGGUACAGCUAAAGCUACUCAAGAAGCUGAUAAUAUUCUUAUAAUACAAAAUAAAAUAAUGGAAUCUUUACAAAUUAAAAAAUAUUUACAGGUUUCCAAAAAUCGAUAUAGUGGUAAUCUUGGAGUUAUGUCUUUAGAAUUCAAUAAACAAAGUUUAAGUUUUUCACAAGAGAAGACCUAA